AUACACCUUUUACAAAUUCCAUUACUAGGCAUGAUGAUCUAUUAACUUGUGCUCAAAAUAGACAUUGAAGUGACACAUGGUUGCAGAGUAAUUUAUAUUUCUCCAUUUCGUUUGUUUAUUUUAUUGGUAUCUUAACCUCCCCUCGAAUGGACUGUUGCAUUGAAGAAUCGCAUCAUCUGUUCCGUGCAGUGUGGUUUGAGCUCUCUUGAAUUGCCUUUGGUUGAUCUUUUUGUGACUAAAGAAAUAAAAAAUAUAAUUACAAUGUCGGUGGCGUUUGCAGCACACAGACAGCGAGGAAAGGGUGACAUAACACCGGCAGGAAUACAGAAGUUGUUAGAUGAGAACAAUCAUCUCAUUCAGUGCAUCAUGGACUUUCAAAGCAAAGGAAAAACUGCAGAAUGCUCACAGUAUCAGCAAAUGCUCCACAGAAACUUGGUUUACCUGGCCACAAUAGCAGACUCCAAUCAGAACAUGCAAUCUCUGCUUCCUGCCAAGUCUGAAUCCCCCACCACAGAGGUUAAGCAUGAACCCCCCUCCCAGAACGUGCCCAUGGGCCCGGGCGGGAUGGGCCAGGGCGGCCCCCAGCAGCCCCCCCAUGGCCACGGCGGGCCCCCGGAGGGGCCCCCAGCACCCCACAUUCAGGGCCAGAUGAACGGCCAGAUGCCCGGACCCAAUCACUUGCCCAUGCAAGGCCCCGGACCCAACCAGCCCCCCAACAGCUCGAUGAGCGGCCCGCCCAGCUCCCACGGGGCCAUGGGGGGGUACAACCACGCGGGGCCGCCGUCCCAGGGCAUGCCCCCCGCCCAGGGCCAGAUGAACAUGCCCCAGGGCCAGCCAAUGGGAAGCUACGGCCCGCGGCCGCCCAUGAACAUGCAGCCUAACCAAGGUCCCAUGAUGCACCAGCAGCCCCCCUCCCAGCAGUACAGCAUGCCCCCGGGGGGUGCGCAGCACUACCCAGGCCAGCAGAACCCCAUGGCCAUUAUGGGACAGGUCAGCCAGGGGAACCAUGUGAUGGGACAGAGGCCAAUGCCUCCUUACAGACCCACACAGCCAGGGGGUCCCCAGCAGUACCCAGGCCAGGAGGAGUACUAUGGGGAGCAGUACAGUCACGGAGGCCAGGGAGUCGCAGAAGGUAACUCCCAGUACAGCGGGCAGCAGGAGGCCUAUCCCCAAGGCCCCCCGCAGCAGCAGGCCUACCCGCCCCAGCAGCCCCAGCCCCAGCCCCAGCCCCCACCCCAGCAGCAGUACCCGGGCCAGCAGGGGUACCCAGGCCAGCAGCAGGGAUAUGGGCCUUCUCAAGCACCCCCAGCACAGUACCAGAACUACCCCCAGGGCCAGGGGCAGCAGUAUGGAGCCUACCGCCCCCCCCAGCCCGGCCCGCCCCAGGCCCAGCCGCAGCGCGCCUACGGCUACGAUCAGGCUCAGUAUGGGAACUACCAGCAGUGAGACUCCUGAGGACUGGAACUCUCACUAAUUCAACCCUUCUCUCCUGGAUCUGCAAUUCGGCUGCUACCAUUUGGGCCUUUUUUGGACUACAAAUGUAAGACUGUAUUUGGUUUGGUUAUUUAGCAUUGUGGUCCCCCCUCCACCCCUUCAUAUGUAGUCAUAUUUGCUGACAUCACGCCAGCGUUUUCGGGGUCCGCCGCACGGCUGGCGGGAAUCCUGCCGCAAAAUGUUUGCCCUCCUGUCCGACCCGUCUCGCUCACUUCGAACGCGACUCAACCGAGGUGAGAUUUCAGCAGAGAGUUUCCUCUGAGAAGAAGGUGCAGUUUGUGCAGGUGGACGCCGGCGGGAACAGCACUUGCAUUUUCGGGGUGAGCGGAUCUUAAAGCAGCGAUGCCUUAACACAGGAAGCGGCAGGUAUUGGGAAGAAUCAUACUUCCUUUCGUUGCCGUCGUCCUUCCAUUUCAGAUUGUGAAACCAGCAGAAUUUUUUAUUUUGAGUUUGAAGUGAGUCUCACCGAUGCUACAUCCCAUCGAAUGCAAUUUUUUUCCAUUUUUUAUAUGAAGCAAUAAUCAAGAGCGGAGUAUCGUUUUGUCUGUGCAACAUUCUUAAAGAUAUUUUGUAUCACGGUUAAAAAAACAGCAAUGUACAAAUGUAUUUUAUGCUUUUAGAUGGAACUGAAUUUGUAUAGUGAUUUGUAAACCAGUAACAGUUGUUUUAGUUUCACGCAAAGUAAAACUUAUCUUUUUUUUUUUUUUUUUGUUUACAGUCUUUUUGUUUACAACUUUAUCUUUGUCUCGAUGGAACUGCAACUAGACCAGGUCAUAUGACCUCAGCUGCCACUGGGGAGUGGCCUGUGAUGAAGGUUUAUCCAUGUACAGAGCAUAAAUACAUGCUCCACAAACGGUAGCCUGGUCUUUUGAACAGCGCCAAUUAAAAAGCUCUGAAGAAAACCAGUCCAGGGAAUGUGUGUUUUUUAUUUUUUUAUUAGUUUUUUUUUAUUGUUUGUUUUUUUGGCCAAGCCAAAACAUGUCAUUAUUCAGCAUUGGAGCUAUUGGCCUUGUCCAAAUCGAUGCACUUGCCUCCGAAUAAGUACGCUAAUAUAAGAGUAUACAAUAGUAGGCAAGUGCGCUGAUUAGGACUCAAAUACUCAUGCUCUAAUGUCCUUUGCCUGGAUUUUGUUUCCUUGCUUUUUUUUCUUUUCUUUUUUUUGUCUUUUCAAAAACUUGGGGCAGGGACUGUCAUUUUCGACAACGAUCAUAGCUGUCCGUUGAAUGGACCGCCCGAUUGACUCAUUUUAGGACUUUCCUUUCCCAAGCCAGGCACUAGAACUGUGAAUCUCCCCACACCCCACCAUACCACCCCAACCACACACACACCCUUUUUUACUGCAGCUUCUUUCCACUUCACCACAGCUGGACAAUAUACGCAUUUUCAACACUUUAAUCCUUCAGACACCAGUAACAUUCCUGCAGAUUACUUUUUUCCAUUUUAACAGAUACAUACAUUUUCACAAAUAUUCCGAAAAAAAUGAAAAUGUUUCUUUGUAAAUUAUCAGCUACGUGUAGGGAUUUCCCAGUAUCUGAAGAAUAAAGUACUUAAAAUGCAUCCAGUCUAGUGCCAAAUGGUGAGAAACCAUACUGAUGGUUUUGGAGUGUGACAGACAUAUUCUGUGCAUCUUAAAUUAAACGGCUUCAAAGAUCAUCAGCUCCUGUGGGUGGGUGCCAGCAGCACCAGUUUUCCCCCUAUUAUUAUUAUUAUUAUUAUUAUUAUUAUUAUUUCUUUUUGUACUUUUGUCGCAAUGUAAACGUGUCACUGGAUAUGAACAAGACGUGAAAUAAAUUAUUGUGAUUUUUUUUUUUUUUUCUAUUUUGUUCUGCUGUUUUUUUUGUGUUGCGUGUAAUUGCGUGUUGCGUGUAUUCCCUGGGAAUAGUAGCUAUGCCCUCGUAUACUAUAAUAAAGAGAUAAUCUACAGUUUUA